AAAAUAAAGCCAAAUAGCACAUAGGUCGAUCACUACAUGGGCAUAUUCAGAAAUUACAUGGAACCAAUACGCCUUGUGGACUGGAUAUUGGAUAGCAUGCGAAAAGUCAGUUACGUGAGAAAGAAGCAUGUAGAAGAGGAUUCUAGUCAACAAUGGUAGAUAUUAUUUUAGUGUUGUGCAUCUACCCGUCCAACUCAUUUAUCAGCAUGCAAAUUUUGCAGUCAAUUUUCACCACCAAACUCAACUGGCACCAUCAUAUGUGAACACAAUGCUAAAUGAUCACACACAUCAGAUAUUCACAGUUGGAUAUCUUUGAAAUAGAAGUUAGGCACCACUAUCCCAUCUAAAAUCAUAUAUAAUUAUAUAUAAUGUAAUCCUUCAGUCAAUAAUGGAUGGAGGACAUCACAUUAGGCAUCUCCACCAAUAUUCGACAGUAUAAAGUAACCAAGCACAUAAUAUGUGAUUGACCUGAGAAAAUGAAGUCAACUCAAAGUUCUGACUAAGAAACAAUGCAGCAGCUGAUUCAUACCUUCCUUCCCAGAGUUAGAAAACAGUUUUCAUUUGGGCAAAAAGAAGUAGGCACAAUCAUUGGAAUAUACGAAUAUAAGACAAGUGUGUGCCUGCCUGCACUUAAAAUGCCAUAAGCAAGAGAAAGCCACAGCACGAACAGCAAGAUGAUCCGCUUGUUUGCUCCAUGCCCAAAAUUCAUUCCACUCUUGGCUGUUUUCAUCAUCUCAUGCUCUCUGCCAUUAGCAAUCAGCGAUGACACUGAUACUGAUAGAGAAGCCCUGCUCUGCUUCAAGUCUCAAAUCUCUGAUCCAAACGGAUCCUUAAGCUCAUGGAGCAACACUUCCCAGAACUUCUGCAACUGGCAGGGUGUUUCAUGCAACAACACCCAGACCCAACUCCGAGUCAUGGCGCUCAACGUCAGCUCCAAAGGCCUCAGUGGUUCAAUACCACCUUGCAUUGCCAAUCUGAGCUCCAUCACAAGCCUUGACUUAUCAAGAAACGCGUUCCUUGGAAAAAUUCCAAGUGAGCUCGGACGCUUGAGACAAAUCAGCUACCUGAACUUGAGCAUCAACUCUCUUGAAGGUGACAUACCACCAUUGUUGGGCAGUAGCCCAUCUUUUGUAUAUGUUAAUCUUGGGGGCAAUCAGCUCACAGGAGGAAUCCCAGAGUUCUUGGCAAAUAGCUCAUCCCUUCAAGUGCUUAGGCUCACACAAAAUAGUCUUACAGGGGAGAUCCCUCCAGCCCUCUUCAACAGCUCCACAUUGAGAACCAUUUACCUGGACCGUAACAACUUAGUUGGUUCCAUACCACCUGUUACAGCAAUUGCUGCACCUAUUCAAUACCUUACUUUAGAGCAGAAUAAACUCACAGGAGGGAUACCAGCCUCACUGGGCAACCUUUCUUCCUUGGUUCAUGUUUCUUUAAAAGCAAAUAACUUGGUGGGGAGCAUCCCUGAGAGCCUAAGUAAGAUCCCAACCCUAGAGAGGCUAGUUCUCACAUACAACAAUUUGUCUGGUCAUGUGCCACAGGCUAUUUUCAACAUAUCAUCUUUGAAAUAUCUUAGCAUGGCCAAUAACUCACUCAUCGGCCAACUACCACCAGAUAUAGGCAACAGACUUCCAAACCUUGAAGCAUUAAUCCUAUCAACAACACAGUUAAAUGGGCCGAUCCCAGCUUCUCUUCGCAAUAUGUCCAAGCUAGAAAUGGUUUAUCUUGCUGCUGCUGGUCUCACUGGUAUAGUGCCAUCUUUUGGAUCCUUGCCAAACUUGCAGGACCUUGAUCUUGGAUACAACCAGCUUGAAGCAGGGGACUGGAGCUUCCUCUCAUCCCUUGCAAACUGCACUCAACUGAAAAAGUUGGCCUUGGAUGCAAAUUUUCUCCAAGGAACCUUGCCUAGCUCAGUCGGUAAUCUUCCCUCACAGCUCAACUGGUUGUGGCUCAGGCAAAACAGACUUUCUGGGGCAAUUCCAUCAGAGAUUGGUAAUCUUAAGAGUCUCAGUGUUCUGUAUUUGGAUGAGAAUAUGUUUAGUGGGAGCAUCCCACCUACCAUUGGAAAUCUUAGCAACUUACUGGUUCUAAGCUUGGCACAAAAUAACCUCUCAGGCCUUAUUCCUGAUUCUAUUGGCAACCUUGCCCAACUAACCGAGUUUCAUCUAGAUGGGAACAACUUCAAUGGGAGCAUACCUUCAAACUUAGGGCAGUGGAGACAAUUAGAGAAGCUUGAUUUGUCCCACAAUUCAUUCGGUGAAAGCCUGCCAAGUGAGGUCUUCAACAUUUCUUCCCUGUCACAAAGUUUGGACUUGUCCCACAAUUUGUUUACUGGGCCCAUACCACUAGAAAUUGGCAACCUCAUAAAUCUUGGAAGCAUCAGUAUUUCAAACAAUCGCUUGACCGGGGAAAUACCGUCCACUCUAGGGAAUUGCGUGCUUUUGGAAUACCUUCACAUGGAAGGGAACCUUCUUACUGGAAGCAUUCCACAAUCUUUCAUGAACUUAAAAAGCAUCAAGGAGCUGGAUCUCUCUCGUAACAGCUUGUCAGGAAAAGUUCCAGAGUUCCUCACUCUCUUAAGUUCUUUGCAGAAACUCAACCUUUCAUUCAAUGACUUUGAAGGGCCAAUACCAUCAAAUGGUGUCUUUGGUAAUGCUAGCAGGGCUAUCUUGGACGGAAACUACAGAUUGUGUGUGAAUGAUCCAGGGUAUAGCCUGCCCCUUUGCCGUGAAUCAGGAUCACAAAGUAAACACAAGUCUACUAUUUUGAAAAUAGUAAUUCCAAUCGCAGUGUCUGUUGUAAUUUUAUUGUUAUGUUUAAUGGCUGUUCUCAUCAAGAGAAGAAAACAAAAACCAUCUUUGCAGCAAUCCAGUGUGAACAUGAGAAAGAUAUCAUAUGAAGAUAUUGCCAAUGCAACAGAUGGGUUCUCUCCCACAAAUUUGGUUGGUUUGGGAUCCUUUGGGGCUGUUUACAAGGGCAUGUUGCCGUUUGAGACCAAUCCAGUUGCUAUUAAGGUUUUCGAUCUUAACAAGUACGGAGCACCCACAAGCUUCAAUGCGGAGUGCGAGGCAUUAAGAUAUAUUCGCCAUCGAAAUCUUGUCAAAAUCAUUACUUUAUGCUCUACGAUUGAUCCAAAUGGCUAUGAUUUUAAAGCACUUGUCUUUCAGUAUAUGCCAAAUGGAAGUCUGGAAAUGUGGCUACAUCCAGAGGACCAUGGACAUGGUAAAAAGAGAUUCCUAACUUUGGGUGAAAGGAUUAGCUUAGCCUUGGACAUUGCAUACGCUUUAGAUUAUCUUCACAACCAGUGUGUAUCCCCACUAAUACAUUGUGACAUCAAACCAAGCAAUGUUCUUUUGGAUCUUGAAAUGACUGCAUAUGUCAGUGACUUUGGGUUGGCAAGAUUUAUGGGUGCUAAUUCAACAGCAGCGCCUGGUAACUCUACAAGUUUGGCUGACUUAAAAGGAUCCAUUGGAUAUAUUGCACCAGAGUACGGAAUGGGUGGGCAAAUAUCAACGAAGGGUGAUGUCUACAGCUAUGGAGUGUUGUUGUUAGAGAUAUUAACUGGAAAGCGUCCAACUGAUGAAAAAUUCAAUGAUGGUUUGAGCCUCCACGAUCGUGUGGAUGCUGCAUUUCCCCACAGAGUAACUGAGAUUUUAGACCCCAACAUGCUACACAAUGAUUUGGAUGGUGGAAACUCCGAACUGAUGCAAAGUUGUGUCCUCCCAUUGGUUAAGGUGGCCCUCAUGUGCUCCAUGGCAUCACCAAAAGACCGGUUAGGGAUGGCACAAGUUUCUACUGAACUACAGUCCAUCAAGCAAGCAUUCCUUGAGCUUUCCAGUGGAGGAAAAGUAGUGUGAAUAACUCCCCGGUGGUGUGCAAAGCUAUGUUGCUUUGCAACUACUGUGUAAGGCUACUUCUAUUACCAUAACUAAGCCUAUAUAUAAACA